AUGAGUCUAGAACAAGCUCAGAUUAUGGGGCUCCAGUGGCGUCAAGAAGAGAUGAUGGAGCAACUUAAUCGCCUAACACAAGCAUUUGAGCGGUUGGCAACACUUCCCCCACCACCACAGUGGCAUAGCCAUCCAGCACCACGACGAGUUGAUCGCGAUGAUGAAGAGAAGUAUGACGAACCCGGAGAUGAUGAUGGUAUGGAGGAACACCCAUGGCAAAGGCGGCAACAAAGGAGUUCAGGAGACAAUAUUAAGAUGAGGAUCUCAUCCUUUAAAGGAACCAGCUUACUCGAAGAAUAUCUGGAAUGGCGUAGGAGGGAUGGAGAAGAGAAGAUCCAAAACUGGAGGCUUAUGAAGCGGAUCAUGAAGAAGCGAUUUGUCCCUCAAUAUUAUAAGCAGGAACUGUACAUCAAGUUACAAAGCUUGAGACAAGGGGGGAUGUGUGUUGAGAAUUAUGUCAAAGAAUUUGAGAUGCUGAUGAUGAGAUGCGAUUUGCGAGAACCUCAAGAACAGACCAUUGCAAGGUUCUUAAGAGGCUUGAACAAGGAGAUUGCUGAUACGGUGGAGUUGCAAUCUUAUGUGUUUCUUGAUGAUGUGAUCAAACUUGCUGUUAAGGUGGAGAGACAGCGCAAGCACGGUGCAAGUAAGCCGAGUAAGACUACCAACUCGUCUUCCUUAUCACCAUGGUUCGUCCCUAAGGCAGUUUCAAAACAAGUAGAAAAAGGUGAUUCUAACAAGCAAGUCACAGAUGCGGCUAAAGAAAAAGAGAAGGUGGAAAAUUCACAACCUCUCAGACGAAGCCGAGAUAUCAAGUGUUUCAAGUAUCUUGGUUAUGGUCAUAUAGCCUCUGAAUGUCCAAAUAAGAGGGUGAUGUUCAUUCGGGAGUCACAAGAAGAAAUUGAAAGUGAAGAUGAGGCUAUUUUGGAAAAGGUAGAAGAAGAUUAUGUGAAGUUUGCAGAUGAAGGAGAACUAUUGGUUAUUCACCGCAACCUGAACCUACAAGCCAAAGUGGAUGAUGAGCAGCACGAAAACAUCUUCCAUACCAGGUGCACCAUCCAUGAUAAGGUUACAAAGCAGGUUGUAGUACCUUUCUCUAUUGGCAAGUCCUACAAAGAUGAGGUUAUUUGCGAUGUGAUUUCUAUGAAAGUCAGCCAUCUUCUUUUGGGAAGGCCUUGGCAGUACGAUCGGAGGGCUAUUCAUGAUGGCUUCAAAAAUAUCUAUUCAUUUAUCAAGAACAGGAAGAACAUAGUGUUGGCACCACUUAGCCCGCAACAGGUCCAGAAGGAUCAGCUUGUGAUCGAAAAGGCCAAGCAGGUUCCAGGUGAAGAAGUCUCCCUUCCAUCGCAAAUGAAGGAGAUUUUAGAGAAAUUUACAGAUAUAUUCCCGGAAGAGUUACCAAAAGGAUUGCCACCAAUCAGAGGGAUCAAGCAUCAGAUUGAUCUCAUUUCAGG